AUGGUGUUUGUGGCAUAUAAUGAAGAAGUUGUCAGAAAAGUUAGGAAGUAUGAAAAUGCAUUAAGAAACAAGGCAGAAAAGGAUAUGCGGGCCGAUGCAGAGUCAUUUUCAAAAGUAAAAGCUACUGCAACAACUUAUGAUAUGGAGAGUCAAAUUCGGGGAGUCUACACUUUAGCAAAGUUUAAAGAGUUUCAAGCUGAAUUCACGGGAAAGAUAUAUUGUGAUAUUGUAAACUUUCAGGAGGGAGCAAGGGUGCUUGUGUAUGUCAUUCGGGACUUGACUUUGCGGUUGGAGGGUGGCAAAAGGAUUCCUAAAUUCUUCACAGUAUCCUUUUGUGAAACGAACAGUGAAGUUGAAUGUAGUUGUCAGUUGUUUGUGUUUAAAGGCAUAGUAUGUAGGCAUGCCCUUACUAUUCUUAUUCGUCACGAAGUUAGCUUUCUUCCAGAAAAGUAUAUUCUACGAAGGUGGCGAAAGGAUGUGAGGCGAGCCCACUCAAAGAUGAAAGUUAAAUUUGAUACUUGGGUUGUCACACCUGAACAAUUACGCUAUCGCGAGCUAUGUCUUGCAUUUAGUGAGGUUGCUGAUCUUGCUGCUCAAAACAACCAUGAAUGUGAGGUUGUUAAAAAAUGGAUAGACACCAAAUUUAGAGAACUAUAA